AUAUAUUAGACCUGAACGGGACGCUGCCUUGCGCAAGAGUCUGUUCGGUAGUCCACAGUUCUCUGAGCAUCUUGCGGAGGGAACAGAAGUAUGUAAACAUACAAAAAAUUAGUGGGAAGGACUGAUCAGUCUAGACAAAAAAGCGGUUUUCGAGCGGCCGUGUGACCGGAGGGACGCCCGAGAAAGACGGAUUGGAAGCAGGAAUGUGAACGAAGAGGAAAAAAUCGUGGAUUGGAGGCAAACGGAAGAUAUCCGAUAAACAUGCGGGUAAUGGGUGAAUGUGGAUUUGACCAUAGUUUCAGAUAGUGUCAGCAUGAAACCUGUGACAAUAUGCUGCUUGGUCGUUUGGUGCUUUUGCUUUGCUGUUUAUGGUACACAUAAGUUCCUUCAUAGUAGCCCUCAUUUCCACGAUUGGAAGAAAUUGUACUUUGUUUAUCAUUGGCCAGUGACCGUGUGUAAGAUGAUUGAGAAUGAUUGCGAUAAUCCCCCCAUGUAUUGGACAAUCCAUGGCCUCUGGGCUGAUAAAGCAGAAGACUGUAAUAAAAGUUGGCACUUCAAUGUAACGGAAAUUAAGGAUCUCUUGGUAGACAUGAGGCAAUACUGGCCAGACGUACUUCAUACAAAUCGCACCAAGUUCUGGAAGCAUGAGUGGGACAAACAUGGGACUUGUGUUGCUACACUGAAAUCUCUUAAUUCCCAGAAAAAGUACUUUAGUAAAGCACUGGAACUGUAUGAAAAACUGGACCUCAACAGUUAUCUCUUUAAACUGGGAAUAAAGCCAGGCGGUAACUACUACCAGCUGAGUACCAUCCAAGAAGCUCUUACAAGUGUUUAUAAUGUAACACCAAAGAUCCAAUGCCUUUCUCCAGAACAGGGUGAAGAAGUACAAACAAUUGGCCAAAUCAAGUUCUGUUUCACUAAGGAUUUUACCCUGAGAAAUUGUACUGAGUCAGAGGUUUAUUCCUAUGCUGCACAUGAAAAUAUGCUCUUUGGAACUGAAGAUCUGUCUGUCUGCAAUGACACCUUGACAAAUUACCCUUCACAUGUGUAACUUUGCAAGUGAAGCAACGAAAUUUGAUCUACUGUUGCCAAAUAAUGUUGAUAUUUUUUUUUGAAAAAUGUAUCUGGAUUAAUCUCGUCUAUUCUACAAGGGCAUUGUAAAAUUUGUUUGAAAUGUUUAAGCCCUGAUUGAUUUGGGUGUGCAUACCUAAUUUACAAAAUUAAUUCUGCAGCUAAACAGAGAGGAUUGAAUUCUGUGGAGUAACUUCAUUUGGAUGUUGAAGUGCUAUUAUGCUUAUAUUUUCUUUAAACAAGAACUUAAAACUUCUUUUUCAAUUUAAGUAGUUCUAAAUCAAUUAGUGGCAAGUGAUUUUGGUGAUACCUAUUUCCAAAUUAGUAGGGAGUCCUCUUCCCCAACCCCCUGGGCCCAAACUCCACCACUUACGUAGUUUGAGUGCUGUUGAUAACGCUACAGUAAGUGCAAUACUCUUAUUGCUUCUUCCAGGAAAGUAAUUUUCAAUGCAGUCCUAAUCAUUUACAUCCUUCUAAGGGACAAAGCACAUGUUAUGAAUUUUGGUGAAUUGGAUCCAGGUCCCCAGUUCCAAAAUUCAUAAUGUGUAGUGUGGUUCUAAGUCUGUUGAAGUUAAUGAGCUUGAGAGGGUGUAAUUCUGUUGAGGACUCCUUUGGAGGCAAAUAACUGAUCAGCACAUAUGCACGAGCAAUCACUAAUCCCAUUUAAGCACCAAAAACUCUGCAGUGGCUGGUCAGUAGGAGAUCCUGUUGCUUGUAUGAUAGGAAAGGCAGCUUCUUUAGCUUAGAGCAGUCUCAUCCAAUUCAGUAAUGUGGCUCUAGAAUAAGCAAGCCACAGCUAAAAUUCCUGUUCCCAGUAAACAAGGCAGAUGCUUUUUACAAGAAAAAUAGCUUUUCCUAAAUUGGAAUUGUAAGCACAAGUUCUUUCCUGACCAUGAUCGAGCCCAUUAGUUUUCUUUGCUUGAGCCUUUGGUGACUUCCACGUAGUGGGUUUCCCCACAUUUUCCCUGGCCUAGUCCCCUGCAGCAGUCAUUUACCCAUCACAAGAGCACUUUUCCAGUGUUUCCUCCCACACUGGCAUUGGCAAUUGACAUAAUUGCUGUUGCAUUAUAAAAAGCUGAAUUCCAAGUUUUUAUUUUUUUUAAAAAAGGCCAUAGCUCCUUUCAUUGUGGAGAUAGAAGGGAAAAUUUAACUUUAAAAAGGAGCUGAGAUGGGGAAGAUGGUACCAGUGGGGGCAGGACCAGCAAAGACUGAGACUUUCCAAUCCAUGGAACAUCUGCUCCAGCUUUUCUGCUGUCUCUCUUAAGAUACUACAGUAAUACAUGUUUAGGAAAAAUGAUGGGAAAGCCAGAAGGUGUACAAAAGCAUCAAAUAUAUUCAGGGUUUUUUCCUUCUUUUCAGUGCUAAGACCUGAUAUUGUUUUCUUUCUAAUUACAUAUUCAAUAUUUUGAUUAUCUUUCAUCUGUCAUCAGAGAGAGAUCCAGAGGAGUUAGCCAUGUUAGUCUGUAGUAGCAAAAUAGUAAAGAGUCCAGUAGCACCUUUAAGACUAACCAACUUUACUGUAGCAUAAGCUUUCGAGAACCACAGUUCUCUUCGUCAGAUGCAUGGAGGGUAAGAAGAAACUGGCCAUAUAUAUAUAGGUGGUAAGGGGAGGGGGGAGUAGAUGCAAAUCAGUUUGCUUCUGAUGAGAUCAGUUUGCUUCUGUUAAUGAAAUCAGUUACUUCUGAUAAUGAGAUAACCAUUCAUAAUCUCUAUUCAAUCCAAGUCUGACUGAGUCAAAUUUACAUAUGAAUUCCAGUUCAGCAGCUUCCUGUUGGAUUUUGGUUUUGAAAUGUUUAGAAACAGGCUUUAUGGGAAAAAUCUUCAGUGGAGCUUUGAAUAAGUCCACUCAUCUUGUUCCCUCUUGGGGACUCUUCCAUCACCCUGCUGGGGCUGUAGCAGCAGGCCUUCACUUUUCCUUUGUUGUCCUACUUCUCUUUUUCUAUGCCCUUUUAAACCUUCAUUGAGAUCCUUGCCUGCUCUUGUAUCCUCCCACUCUGCCCCAGGCUGACCAGUCUAAUUUGGCUUGUUUCUGCCUGAUGACCUCACUGUCAACCCCUGCCAGGCCCCACUCCACUGCUCAGGUGCCCACACCUUAUGUUCGUUCUUCUCACUCCCUGCUGAGUAGUCUGCCUGACUGCCUCGAGGCCUUUUACUCUGUCAGUUCCUGGAACUCCUGCCUUUCUUGAUUUGCCUCCCAGGGCAGGUGCUCAUUUCUGCCACUGUCCAUACUAACUCACCAUGAUUGUCAAGGCAUGAUACCACACCCUUACAAAUGUUUUUUCUUCCUGAAGUAAAGAGAGCCUUUGGAGAUAACUUUAUAAAUAUGUGCCGAGUGAUAAUCAUAUUGCAUAUGACACAAUGGAUCUAGUUCAUGAAUGCUUAUGUUAGAAUAAAAUUUCAUCUAUCAUA